AUGGAGAUUUUUCCAGUUUACGUUCUUCAUAGUGGUGAAUGGGAAGAAAACAAGUUUAUCAAUUUCGUCAGCGAUUGUGUAAUAAUCGAGUCGACAUUCACCUACAACAAUUUAGUUGCAGCUAUUUCGGAACAGAUUAGGAUCGAUAGUGAGUUAAACACAAUAGAGAUUAACUUUCUCCCAAAUGUUGGUUUGCCACCGAUCCUGAUUUACAACGAUACAGGUGUGAAGGUGUAUAUCGAAUUAAAGAAGAAAAACUUGAAUUUCACUGAAUAUCCGUUGUUUGUGACGGUGAAAGAGAUUUAUGAAAAUCGUUUGGUUCCUACAAGUUCUAGUUGUGUAGUUGCUACAAGUUCCAGCUGUUUGGUUGCUACAAGUUCAAAUUCUAGAGAUGUAUCAACAAUUGAUAGCACUGAGAUUAUUGAUAUCAAAUUUAUUGAAAACACGAAAUUUAGUGAAAACACGGGUAUAAUAUAUGAUAUAUUGAACGAAUUUGUUGAGGAAGAUCAAGUUUAUAAGGAUAAAGAGAUAGUUGUCAGUGUAAUGAAGAACUUGGCUGUAUGUGAGAGGUUCCAAUUCAAGGUGAAGAGAUCAGUGCAACAAGGAACGGUUACAAAGUUGCACAAAUCAGAAGAUAGAUGCUUUCUUUAUGCAUAUGUUUCGCUAUAUGCAUCUAUCAAGGGCUGGGAGCAUUGCAGACCGAUAAUGGUUGUUGAUGGAAGUUUCCUUAAAGCAGCAUAUAAGGGUACCAUAUUGACUGCUUGCACACAGGAUGGAGCUGGAAAAAUCCUUCCACUUGCAUAUGCAAUUGUAGAUUCAGAGAAUAACAAAUCUUGGGAGUGGUUCUUUGUCCAGAUAAAGGGUACUUUUGGAGUUAGGGAAGGGAUGUGUAUAGUUUCAGAUAGAAAUGAAAGCAUCUUCAAUGCCACAAAAGCUGUGUACCCAGAAGUACCACAUUGUAUUUGCAUGUUUCACUUGUGGCAGAAUGUAAAGCGCACAUUCAAGAAACAUCACAAACAAUUGAAGGAUAUCUUCUUUGCUUUGGCUAGAGCUUACACGAUAGAGAAGUUUGAGUACCAUAUGACAGAGAUGUGCAAAAUUGAUCCGAGAGUGCAACCUUACUUGUUCGAAAUUGGCUACGAAAGGUGGUCUAAGGCAUAUUCCAAAGUGAAAAGGUCGAUGGUAAUGACUUCUAAUAUUGCAGAGUCAAUUAAUGCAACAAACACGGAUGCUAGAGAGUUACCAGUAAUGCGAUUGCUGGAGUACAUGACAAAUUUGCUACAACAGUGGAACAACAAAAACAGAAAAAGUGCAAUGGAGACAUCUACAGAGCUUGGCGAAAAGUACGACAAACUCCUUCGGGAAAAUCAGAUUGCAUCGGAGCAAAUGACGGUGAGGCCUGCUACGGAGAAGUUAUAUACUGUGUUUGAAGGGGUAAGGCGAAACAUAGUGUGCCUUAAAGAGGGAACAUGCAGUUGUGGAAAAUUUCAAAUGGAUGAACUUCCAUGUCCGCAUGAUUGGACGGUUUUGAAGAACCAGCAGCUGAAACCUGGCUAG